CUACACGUCACAGGCUUAAACGGGGCUAUCAGCUGGUAGCUGGUUCCUUAUCGGCCUCCUUAACUGUCGUGCGUCCAAAGGUUUGACUAACGUUAACAAUCUACAUCAUGUGAGUUGUACAAAGGCAUUCUUUAACUUUAUUUCAACGCGAAGGUUGGACGGCGACUGUUUUUGUACAUUUAGUGCGGAGCACUCGGUGAGAACGAAGCGUGGGACAGGGGAUGCGUGCUUGAUUUUGUCAAAGCGACUCGAGGCGAGAUGGAGCAUUUUUACUACCCAGCAGUUUUAUUUAUUGGAAUUGUACUAUUCUUAAGUUCAGCUCACGGUCAGUUGUGUCCACCGGGAUGGCUGGAGAGUCCAGUCACCGACUACUGCUUCCAGUUCAAUACAUAUGACGUUAAGAAGUCGUGGAGUGAGGCAAGAGCAGCAUGCGUAGCGCAACAAGGAGAUCUAUUCUCAUACUCAUCUCAGGGAGAAAAGGACUGGCUGAAGAAGCAAAUGUUGAUUUAUCAAGCACAAGAUUCACGCACGUGGCAGUGGUGGUCCGGUUACAGCGACAACAGCGGUUCCUGGCGGUGGGAGGACGGAAAUAAUGACACAUCCCUUGUGACUUGGAGCCCAGGAGAGCCUAACAACUACGCCGGGAUAGAGCACUGCGGGGAAGUGGUAACAAACGGAAAGAUGAACGAUAACAACUGCGACAAUGUUAUGCCAUACAUAUGCAAAAGCAUGAAAGGCAAGCCCAGCAAGUGUCCCCCAGACUGGCAAGAUGUGGAGGGCUCCUGUUACAAACACUUUGAAACAGAACUGAACUGGAAUGAAGCUAGGGCUGACUGCCAACGUUAUGGAGCCGAUCUUCCAGAUAUACAAACUGAUGCAGAGCAACAGUACCUUCUGGAUACGGUCAAGUGUAAAGGAAAGCCAUCUUGGAUUGGUCUAAAGGCAAAGGUUACAACUACUCCAACAAACAAGUUUCAGUGGGUGACAGGAGAUGAGUUGGGAAUUGGGUCAACUGCAAGAUGGGCACAGCGACAGCCAUUUGUGGAAAAAGCCAGAGCCAAUACAACAUGUGUUGAGAUAAUAACUACUGCACUGACAGCCAGCGAGUCCUGGGCCACUGCUCAAUGUUCCGUAGAAAGACCAUAUAUCUGUAAAAAACCUGAAGGAACUUGUGCGGCUGGAUGGAAGAUCAACAAGAACAUGUGUUAUCAACUGAACUCCAACCUGAGAUUGUCCUUUGUGGAUGCCGUUGACUACUGUAACUCUCAAGGAGGCAGUAUGGUCACAGUUUACAAUCCAGAAGUUCAGAAUUUUUUGAAGUUGAAUAAAAGAGAGUUUAGCCAGAGUUCUUCAUUUUGGAUUGGUGCCAAGACAACUUCUGAUGGGAGCAAUUUGGAGUGGGUGGAUGGGACACCGGUCAGUAAAACCUCACCCAACUGGUCAACCCAGCCCAGUGGUCAGCUCAACAGCUCCUGUGUCCAGAUAUUUGCUGGUGAUGCCAACGCAAAGUGGAGUUUAAAUGGCAACUGUCUCCUGGAGCAGCCAUUUGUGUGUCAGAUUGGAAGUGAAAAGGUGGUGCUGCCACCUACAGUAGCUCCAGCCAAGGGGAGUUGUGAGGCUGGCUGGGAAGCUUAUUCCUUCUACUGCUACUAUUUUUCCAAUAAUGCGACAACCUGGGUUGAAGCUGAGCAGUCCUGUACUGGCAUGGGAGCACAUCUGCUCAGUUUAACUUCAGACAGGGAAAGUUCUUUCAUAGACAGUAAACUAAGUGACAAUGCUUGGCUUGGACUAAAUGACAGGAAAUUAGAAGGCACUUGGGUUUGGACCUCCCAGACUGAUGUGCCUUACACCAACUGGAACAAACUCAGCUGGACCUCGGAGCCCAAUAACCGUGGCGGUGACGGCCAGCCGGAGAAUUGUGCCGAAAUCAUUGGAAGCGCUGUAUCUUUCAAAGGCAAAUGGAAUGAUAUUGACUGCAGCUUGAAGAGGCAGUUUGUCUGCAAGAAGGGGGCUAUGCCUCUACAGAGCACCACAGCAGCAUCAACAACCGCCUGGUCCUCGAAGUGCGGUCCAUUCUGGGAGGACAAUCCUCUAAAUGAUUACUGCUAUCAGUUCCACUCAGAAGAAUUGGCCUGGCAUGAUGCCUUGUCCCAUUGCCGAGCCAAUGGAGGCGAUCUGGCCAGUAUUACCUCAGUGGUGGAACAGGGUUAUAUCACUAGCAAAAUCUCUGCCAUUGCAUAUCCCAUUACAUUCUGGCUGGGUGGCAAUGAUUUGAAGUCAGAAGGAGGCUGGCGAUGGACAGAUGGCUCGCCUUUUUCCUAUCUCAAUUGGGAUGUAGACAAAUUUGGGGUUGUGGAUCAAAGGAAUUACAGUGAGCCAAACAGCAGAUGGUCAGAAGAUUGUAUGCAGAUUACUAGUGAAUUUGGUCCUGGAUUGUGGAAUGAUAUUACCUGUGAUAUAAGGAUUGGAUAUAUCUGUAAGAAAAAAGGUCUUGUUUCCACCACUGUGGCCAGAACUCCUUCUACCACUCCUUUGCCAGCUGGCAAAGGAUACGGCUGUUGGCCUGGCUGGAAGAAAUUUGGCGAUGGCUGCUUUCUGCUGGUAUCUGAAGAAACUACUUGGAUGGAUGCCAGGACCCAGUGCCGUUUGAAAGGUGGAGACUUGGCCUCUGUUAUGAAUGAGAGAGACCAGGCCUUCUUGACCACUCAGUCAAAGGCUAAUGCAAGCUUGACCAAUCGCAUCUAUUGGCUGGGUCUGAAUGACCUCAAGAGACCAAUGACCUUUGAGUGGACAGAUGGAAGAGAAGUGACCUACACUAACUGGAACAAAGGGGAACCAAAUAACAAUGUGGGUGUCAACGAGGAUUGUGUUACUAUGAAUGCAGACUUGAAAGGAGAGUGGAAUGAUGAUUCUUGUGACAGUACCCACAUGUACAUCUGUCAGACAUCGCUAAAGGUUGUGCCAGUGUCCAGUUCUGUCACCAUGUUACCACUGUAUCCUACUGGAUGCCCCAGUGGUGCCACUGCAGCAUUGGGCUCCUCUUGCUACAGUUUUGUUAGUAUGGGGGCCACAUGGGCAGAUGCAGAGAGGUACUGUCAGAGAGGAGGAGGACAUCUGGCAGCUUUGAAAAAUUUCUUAGUUCAAGCAUACUUCCUCACCAAGUUAAAACAACAACCCAGUGACAGUUACUGGAUUGGACUAAGUAACCCAACAGGUAUCUACAGGUGGAGUGAGAACUCCAGUGCAUGGUAUACCAACUGGGACAGCAGUCAUUCAGGAAAUGGAGUCAACAGGUGCGUCACAAUAGACAAGCCCAGUGCCAAGUGGAAGGACAGAGAUUGCGGCACCUCUAGAACUUUCAUCUGUGAAUAUAAGAGGAACUACACCAUUGGUGGUGGAACAACCCCAGCGCCUACUACCACCACAACACCAGUCCCUGUGACUUGCCCAGCUGAUUGGGUUGAAAGAAAUGGAUAUUGUUAUAAGGCUGUUUAUAACAGAAAUGCAAAAGACUUAAAAACUUGGCUAGAGGCGCGUGCAGAUUGUAGAUCAUAUGGCGGAGACCUGCUGAGUAUACACAGUCAGGAUGAGGAGACAUUUGUGAAGUCAUCUCGUACAUUUCCUGGUCAACGGGAUAUGAGGCACCACCGGUUCCACUUUUUCCAUCCAAUCAGUUUCAGGUAUUUUUACAUGUAUGGAAACUUUUGGAUAGGAUUGAACAACAGAGAUACUUCAACAGGUCAUGUGUGGAGCGAUGGCACAGGCGUUGACUAUACAAACUGGGCCACUGGGGAACCCAACAACCAUAACGGGCAGGAAAACUGUGUUGAGUUGACCGUGGGGAGGACAGAGAAGUGGAAAGAUUCUAACUGUAACCUGGCACGAAACUACUUCUGCAAGAUGAGGAAAGGCACGCGACCGCCAGUUACUCCCACCACUCCCAUACCAGUGACACCUACUGACUGUGGUGACAGUGCUUGGCUGGGCUAUGGAGACAACUGCUUCUAUGUUUCACCUAGUAGUGUUAAAAAGAAUUGGUAUGAUGCACGUGAUUGGUGCAGGCAAAGUGGCGGAGAUUUGGCCAGCAUUCAUGGACGCACAGAAAAUGGGUUUAUUACUUCACAGAUGAGCAAGAUGUAUACGCGUAACACAGCUUUGUGGAUUGGACUGAAUGAGCUAAACCUCAUUAGUUAUACUUGGUCAGACGGCACUCCAGCAGACUAUGACAACUGGAACAAGAAUGAGCCCAAUGACUGGAAUGGAGGGCAGAGAUGUGUGGACAUAUACACAGGGUCAGGCACGUGGAAUGAUGACAAUUGUGGAGACAAAAAUGGGUUCAUAUGUAAAAGACACAAGGACAGCAGAACACCUGUGACCACCCAGCCCACCCCUGCCCUGCCAGGAAACUGCCCUAGAGGCUACUAUGCCAUAGGCAACAAGUGUUAUGGUUUCUAUGGAGAUUCAGUCCUCCAGUUAAAGAAUUGGACCAUGGCCAGGGAUUACUGUGCUGCUUUGGGGAAAUCCUUUUCUCUAGCUACCAUUACUAAUGAGCUGGAACAAAGCUUUGUAACAAUUAUGCUGAAGGAUAAAACCUACGAGAUGUGGAUCGGUCUUAACGAUAAAACACGAGAGGGCACAUACCACUGGGUGGACAACCAACCCUUUAGCUACACCAACUGGGACAGAGGAGAACCCCACAGUAAUGCUGGCAGCUAUGGAGAUGAUGACAGUUUUAGUGCCGCUGCUACAAAAGAGGAUUGUGUUUUGAUGAAGACAAGCACAAGAACUGCAGGAAAAUGGCAGUCCCGUUCCUGCUCUUUUGAGACAGGUUUUGUGUGCCAAACUUGGAAAGGAUUCACAGUGCAACCAAAUCUCUCUAUUGGCACCACAUGGCGCCCCAACACUUCCCCCAGCACCCUCUGUGAUGGAAAACCAGGUUACACAAGGUACCUGGACGCCUGUUAUAAAGUGGACACCUUGACCACCAGAACUUGGGACCAGGCUGUGCAGUAUUGUAGAAAUGAUGGGGCGACGGCGGCUGUGGUGACCAACAACUUUGAACAGGCAUACCUGAAUUUAAUGGCCAAUGACCUCGGCUCCCCUGUGUGGCUAGGACUUUAUUAUGAUACUACUUAUAAAAUUUUCCAAUGGAAGGACUCCCCCUGGUCACUGGUAUUUGUCAACUGGGCCAGUAAUGUCCAGUUAGAUGACCCAGGCCGGCGCUGUGUGUCCAUGAACAGCACUGGACAGUGGGUGACCACAGACUGUAAUGCUAAACUGAUCACUUUGUGCAAGUACACCACAGUGACCCCUAGUCCAACCCCUCCAGAGGAGGCCGGCUACUGCCCAGACGACACGUGGUUCCCCAAGGGGAGAUACUGCUACUACAUCAAGGGGGUGAACUACCAAAACUGGGCCGAAGCAAGUGUGUUAUGCUACAAGAAAGGAGGACAGCUGGCGUCAAUAACCAGCCAGGCAGAGACCAACUUUAUUCUGGAUACAAUUAGCACCAUGAAUCAAGGAAUGUCGGCUAUGAUGUGGAUUGGGUUGAUAAAGAAGGAGAAUUCUGGGUUUGGGUGGUACGAUGGCACUCCGUUUAACUACCAGAACUGGAUGCCAGGACAGCCCUCUAAUAGGACGUACCGCGGGGCAGAGGAGUGUGGCGCCAUGUCCUCCUCCUCAGGCCAAUGGAACGAUGUCACCUGUGGUACCAAGCGCAACUUAGGAUUCAUAUGCAAACGACUGAAAAUGUCUGCAACAACACCAUUUAUAGUUCCAAGCUCUACUCCUUCGCCUUCAACACCAACAGUGCCAUCUACAGUCAGUAUGUCAGCAUCAGUAACAGCUAAACCAAGGACUACCAAGUCACCAGCCAGACCCAAUGGGAUCAGCAUUAAACCACAAACAGACUCUCAGACACAGGAUCAAGGUACAUCAUCCUCCUCACUUCCUCUUAUUAUUGGACUUACCUUGGCAGCAGUAGUGGUGGUAGCAGUAAUAGGUGCUGUUGUUUUCUUUGUCGUCUGUCGCAAUACUAAACUGAACAUUCCCUUCACUUCAUUUGACAAUGCUGCAUAUGAGAAAGAUAAUGAUCGUGUAAGAAUAAAUGGUGACUUAGCAACCAGUAGUCAUGACAAUGGGAUUCUUACCAGCCUAAAACAGAAUGGUAACCAUGGCAGCAGUUCAGAGGGUACAGAAAACCCUGUUUUUCAAGAGGAGUCCAAAGUCUCGAAUGGUCACCAUGGAAAUGUGAAUCUUUACAGUGGAAGUGCUCCAAAUUCUGAAUGUUGAUACUAAAUAUGAAGGGAAUUUAAACGGUGUGACUUUGUACAGCAGAGGUCUUCUCUUUUGAGCAUUGGAAAACCCCCCGAGACUCAAUUGUGUUAUUUGAUAAUACCAAACUGUUUAUAUUUCAUUGUGUUUGAUAUAAAACCAGAGGCAGUUUGGUACAGGAUUCUGCCAAGAUAUAUGGAAUGCAGUUUAUUAACUUAUUAUCUGAAGGGCAAUUCUUCGAUUCUAUUUGGAGACUAUUUGGCCAGAGAGUGAAACAGAAAAAUUGUCACAGAGUGUGGAUGCUAAUGAGAUUCAUAAGAUAGAUAGGAUUAGUUGCUGAAAAGAAUAAACACUUUGAUUGUACUAGCAUGAUAUAAUCAGCAGUGACUUAGGUCUGAGGUCCUUUUUACAUCAAGUAAUACACUUAUCUGUAUUGCAAUGUUUUGACUGGUCUUCACAUGAAAUAAUCUAUACAGGGUGGUUUGCUCCAAUUCUCAAAGUUUGCUUCCGACUGUUAGGGCCAAUCAAAAUUACUCACAACAGGCAAUUAAGUUAUCAAUCUCUGAAAAAGUUGUGGUAAAGAUAAGUAUGUGUGAAAAGGGCCUAGCUAUAUGUCUCAUAGCAAAAUAUUUUGUUGUUCCUGGGCAAUAUAUUUUAUUUUGGGUUAUUUAUUUAAUUAUAUUUUUUAUUUUAUUAUGAUUUAGGUGUUAUUUUCUGCUUCUUGCUUUAAACAAAAUAAGUUAGAGCAAGAUAAAAGGUGUGUUGCAGUGUUUAGUUUCUGCAUACAAGUUAUGGGUAAAAACAUUUUAUUGGCAUUGCUCAAUUUUAUGACAAUUGCACAGAAAAUGCAAUCUUGAACAGUGUGAAUGGUAAACUUUGUUAUAUUGUAUUAAACUUUUUUUUUUACAAAAUAUUUUUAUUGUUACAUUUAAAGGUGCAAAGACAAUCAAUGAAAACCUUAUUUGGUACAGACUCAAUGUGACACAAUGAAAACAUUUUGUCUGGUAAAUUUAGUUUUAAUCCAAUGAACAAAAACAUUGUCAUUUAUGUAGAUUUUAAGUACAUCCAAAAGUAGAUUUUAGUUUUGACUAACAAUUGAUCACCAGUGCCCUGUAGUUUGCUGUGUUUAUCUUUUCUUUUCUGUCUUUAUCAGAUUGAGCCGAUGCAGGGAAAUAUUGGAAAGGGAGAUUAUAUAGUUGAACUGAUUGUGCUGUUAUAGUUGAAUUUAGUACAUGCCAUCAAAGAGCAUUGAACAAUAAAUGAUGACCCCAAUGUGCAUAUACUUUGAGCCAUUUUUAGAAAUAAUCUUCAUUUUAAUUUAGUUUCUUCGACAUAAUGUGCAAAAAAUUAUAUGAAGCCAUUUCCGCAAUUUAUAUAGACCCAAAGUUAGGGCUUAGACAUAACUGUAUUGGAGUAUUGUUGCCUCACUUUAUUAGUUAUCCCAAUGAGUUAUGUGUCCACUACAUGAAAACAUCCUGCUGGAUUUUUAAUAAUGAAUUUUGUAUAUUUUCCUGAUUUUUUAAGAAUUAUAGAUGACAUGUAGUGGUGUUAUUUUUAUUCAGAUAUAUUAACCAGAAUUUUCAAGUGCCAAAAUACUCAAAAAUAUUUACUUGAAGGGUA